AAAAAAAAAAAAAGGAUUACUAUCAUCAACCAAUCUAACUGAAGGAACAGACAAAAGCGAAAAAUGGAAGAUUUCUAUUAUAACGAAGAGGAAGAAUCCAGCUUAAAUGACAGUUACGAUUACAGUUACGAACACAGUGUCUGCGACAAAGAGGCAGUGCGUUCUUUUGCCAGUGUCUUCCUCCCAGUAAUCUAUACCCUGGCUCUGGUGGUUGGUCUGGCUGGGAAUGCCCUGGUAGUGGUGGUCUACACAUCACGGCUGCGACUACGAACCCUGACAGAUGUGUGCAUCCUAAACCUUGCCAUUUCGGACCUCUUGCUUCUCUUCACCCUGCCCUUCUGGGCAGCUGAUGCUGUCCAUGGCUGGAAGUUGGGUACGGCAGCCUGCAAGCUCACCUCCUUCCUCUACAGUACCAACUUCAGCUGUGGCAUGCUGCUGCUGGCGUGUAUCAGUGUGGAUCGCUACCGUGCUGUAGCCCAAAAUCCAACAGGCAGGACUGGGACAGGUUCCCGGGUAAGGAGACAAUGGCUCCUGGUGUGUCUGGUUUUGUGGGCUGUAGCCAGCUUUCUGGGCCUUCCCGAACUUAUAUUCUCCACAGUGAAACACUCCCAUAUCAGGGUGGCCUGUACUGCCGUCUACCCACACAGCAUGGCUCGACCUGCAAAGGCUGCGCUGGAGCUGCUGGAAGUCACUCUUAGAUUCUUGGUACCUUUCUUGGUCAUGGUCGUGUGUUACUGCUGGGUAGGGCGGGCGCUGAGCCGGGCAGCUGGGGUGCGAAGAGACCGGAAAUGGCGAACCCUGCGAGUCCUUCUGGCUGUGGUGGCCAUAUUCCUGCUCACCCAGCUGCCCUACAAUGUGGUCAAGCUGUGCCGAGCGAUGGAUGUCAUCUACAUCCUUGUGACCGACUGCGAUGUCAGCAAGAGCCUGGAUCAUGCUCUUCAAGUGACAGAGAGCCUGGCACUGACCCACGCUUGCAUUAACCCUGUCCUCUAUGCCUUCAUUGGAUCCUCCUUCAGGGGACAUGUCCUCAAGACUGCCAAGCGCCUUGGACAGCGACUCAAGAGACACCCAAGACACGUCAAUGAGGAGCCGGCAGUGGAGAUUUCACUCAACACAUGCACUCAAACGCAAUCCCAGUCUGGUUCAGAAGACCAAGACACAAGCACCUUUACUAUUUAAGCCUCAAAACACAUUUAUUUUCUCAUAAGCACCUGUACAAAAUUGUAUGUCUAUGUAUAUAUAUUUACACAUCUUUAUUAUCAUUCACGCUAUGUCAAGAACCAUAAAUUUAAAUUUUUAGUGUAACAAACAUACACUGGAGUCCAAACGUCCACUUUUAGACCCCACUGUAUAUGUAAAAUGAGUCUAUAUGCACUAACAAAGUAUUUUGUAUAAAUGAUUUUCCCAGCCAGCCAGCCAGCCAG